CCCCACUCCCUUCACUCUGCCCACCCUGCCCUACCGCGGCUGGCCACCAUGCUUCCUCUCCUACCCUAGGCCCUUCCUUUGUGAUCGCGCCCUGUCCCUGAUCGCGCCUCUGUCUCCCUUUCUGUUCUCUCGAGGUUUUCUCAGGCUUUCCAGACUUCUCUUGCUGCUCUCCCUCUCCUGCUUCUCUUUCUCUACCAUCUCUUUCCACUUUCUGCAUUCUCCUGUACCUCGUCUACCCCUGGAUUUCUCCGUCCGGAAUCCCUUUCUGGUCCCCCAAAUCCCUCCAAUCUCAUGACCCCUUCACCACCCUCCAUCUUUUUUUUGUUGUUGUUAUUGAGACAGAGCCUCCUUGUGUCCCCCAGGCUGGAGUGCAGUGGCGCGAUCUCGGCUCACUCCGCCUUCCGAUUUCAAGCGAUUGUCCUGUCUCAGCCUCCUGAGUAGAGACGAGGGUCUCACUUUGCUGUUCACGACACCAUGGAUACCCGGGGACCAGUCUCCCAGCCUUUUCAGCAGCCUGAGAAACCUGGUCGUGUCCGUCGUCGGAAGACUAGGCGGGAACGUAACAAGGCCCUCGUGGGCAGCCGCCGGCCAUUAGCCCAUCAGGAUCCUCCUGUGACCAUUCAGGAUCCACCUGUGGUCCCUACUGCCUCCAAGCUCGUGGUCAUAACCCAGGGCCGGCUGAGCCGAGAGCACCGGGGUCUCUUCAACCACGAGGUGAAAUCCCUAGAUGUUGCAAGGCUGCUUAGCAGUGGGACCCUGGUGACAGGCAGCCACACACUCCCCGCCAAGCCCUCCCCAAGCCCAGGCAGGGCCCAGGAACCAGCCCCACAGUCCAGGGACAAAGAGAACCAGGUGCCUGGAGGUUCGGGCCCAGGCCCACCCAGUUCCCCAGAGUUGCCUCGUGUGGGGCAGCUGCUGGCAGAGCUGCAGUGUCAGCUGAGUUUGCCACAGGCCUUCCCCCGGAGGAACCUGAUUCAGGAUGCCAGGGAUGCCAUCGUGCGCACCUUGCAGGCCUGUCAUGGUUGUGUGCCUGACCUUGCCCUGGUGCUUCGGGGCUGCCAGCCACCCUUGCCAGGGGCCAAGCCUGGGGUCUCUGAGCGAAAGAUGACACCUUUCUGGAUUAAUAGCCCUGAUCAAGUCCCAGAGGAGGGGAGGCAAAGGAAGCAACAAGGGACAAAGGAGUUCACCUUCCCCAUGCCCUACACCUCCAGCAUGCCCACUGUGCACAGGGGGAGUCUGGCACCGCCAAGAGGUCCCUGGCCACCACACUUUUCCUCACUGUCUUCGCCAUCUGGAACAGCCUGGGGUCCCCCAACAGCGUUUGACUUGUUAAAAAGCAUCUGGCUGGUAGCCACGCCACCCCCUCCUCGGCCCUGGGGGGUUGGCCUCCCUCAGCCCCUGCCUCAGCCUUCAUCAACCCUGUUACCCCGAACCUCUGUCCUGGACUGCAGCCCCAGCUCCCCUUCCCCACUGCCCAGCCUCUCCUGGGUAGUGGCCCAGAGCAGUCCGGAAGCCUGGUCUUUUCCACCCAUGAGACUGUACUGAGGAGGGGCUGAGGCUGGGGCUGAGGCUAGGGCUGGGGACAGAUAUCUUGUACUCCCAGUGACCUCA